GCAGUCUGAAAAUGCAGCUGAAGCUGGCCCAUCGUCGUUUACAGAGCAAGGUGUUGCAGCAGGCGACUGCAGUGAAGAAGCUUUGCAGCCCGGAAAUCAGGAUUUUUCUGCAGCAGUUGAUUGCGCAGAAGAGGCCAUGAAGUCUGAAAAUGCAGCUGAAGCUGGCCCAUCAUUGUUUACAGAACAAGGUGCCGCGGCAGGUGAUUGCGGUGAAGAGGCUAUGCAGCCUGGAAAUCAGGAUUUUGCUGCAGCAGUUGAUUGUGCAGAAGAGGCCAUGCAGUCUGAAAAUGCAGCUGAAGCUGGCCCAUCGUCGUUUACAGAAGCAAGGUGUUGCAGCAGGCGACUGCAGUGAAGAAGCUUUGCAGCCCGGAAAUCAGGAUUUUUCUGCAGCAGUUGAUUGCGCAGAAGAGGCCAUGAAGUCUGAAAAUGCAGCUGAAGCUGGCCCAUCAUUGUUUACAGAACAAGGUGCCACGGCAGGUGAUUGCGGUGAAGAGGCUAUGCAGCUUGGAAAUCAGGAUUUUGCUGCAGCAGUUGAUUGUGCAGAAGAGGCCAUGCAGUCUGAAAAUGCAGCUGAAGCUGGCCCAUCGUCGUUUACAGAGCAAGGUGUUGCAGCAGGCGACUGCAGUGAAGAAGCUUUGCAGCCCGGAAAUCAGGAUUUUUCUGCAGCAGUUGAUUACGCAGAAGAGGCCAUGCAGUCCGAGAAUGCAGCUGAAGCUGGGCCAUUAUCGUCUACUGGACAAGGUGUUGUAGCAGGCGAUUGCAGUGAAGAGGCUAUGCAGUCUGGAAAGCAGGAUUUUGUCGCAGCAGUUGAUUGCGCAGAAGAGGCUAUGCAGUCUGGAAAUGCAGUCGAAGGUGCCCCAUCAUCGUUUACAGAAGGUGUAGCAGCAGGUGAUUUUGCUGAAGAGGCUAUGCAGUAUAACCAUGAAGACAAAGCUGCUGAAUGCUCGUCAAUGACACGACAAGCUGCUUCAUCAUCCUUGUCAAUGACAGAACAAGGUGCUACUACAUCCUCACUAAGGACAGCGCAACAGAGUCACAAGAGAGAUGCAUUGAUAGAUUCCCCUCCCAUCGCAACUGUGGCGCCUUUUCCCCGGCAAUUCUGGAAGGCUGGGGAGUACAAGGUUGCUUCCCGAGCUUCCAUCAACAAUGGCCAGAACUGCUUAAGGAUUAAUCCCAAGUUUCUUCACUCGAAUGCUACGUCACACAAGUGGGUAUUUGGUGCUAUUGCAGAACUGCUCGACAACGCUGUUGAUGAGGUGCAGAACGGGGCAACCUAUGUGAAAAUAGAUAAAAUGAAAUAUUCUCCUGUUGGAGAGUAUUCGUUAAUGAUACAAGAUGAUGGAGGCGGUAUGAGUCCUGAGUAUCUUCGACACUGUUUGAGCUUCGGAUUCUCCAAUAAAUGCACGAAUUCAUCAAUUGGACAAUAUGGAAAUGGCUUCAAAACCAGCACAAUGAGGCUUGGGGCAGAUGCUAUCAUAUUCAGCUGCAGAAAAGCUAAUAGCAGAUUGACACGAAGUGUUGGGCUGCUCUCUUACACAUUCCUCAAAGGAACCGGCUGCGAUGACAUAUUAGUGCCAGUGGUUGACUAUGAAUUUGAUCCUUCAUCCCGCAAUUUCAAGAGGAUAAUGGACCGUGGUGAAAAACAUUUUUCUUCCAAUUUGUCCACUCUUUUGAGGUGGUCUAAAUUUUCUACAGAAGAUGAUUUAUUGAAUCAAUUUGAGGACAUGGGAUGCCAUGGCACAAAAAUUGUUGUAUUCAACUUGUGGCUCAAUGAUGUGGAUGAAAUGGAGCUUGACUUUACAACUGACGAUGAGGAUAUUAUGAUGUCAGGAGCGCCUAAGAUACCAGAAGAACGCGCGAAAGUGAAAAGGUUGAAUCAUAUGCAUAUUGCAAAUCGCUUUCGAUAUUCACUUCGUGUUUAUGCAUCUAUACUAUACCUUCGUCUACCACAACACUUUAAAGUCAUCUUGUGUGGACGAACUGUUGAACCUCAUCAUAUUAUAAAGGACCUCAUAUACCGUGAAUGUAUCAAAUAUCGACCACAAGUUGGAACAAGCAUACAGGUUGAUGUCAUUACUUCAAUUGGCUUCUUAAAAGGAGCUCCACACCUGGAUAUCUAUGGAUUUAAUGUCUACCAUAGGAACCGUCUUAUUCUGCCAUUUUGGGCUGCAGGCUCUGAGAGAGGUCGAGGCAGAGGCAUUGCUGGGGUUUUGGAGGCGAACUUCAUACGACCUACACAUGAUAAGCAAGAUUUUGAGAAGACGGAACUUUUUCAGAGACUUGAGACGAGAUUAAAAGACAUGACAAUGGAGUAUUGGAGGCACCAUGCUCAUUUGAUUGGCUACCAGCCAGUCACAAAAUCUCUUCCUCCAGCAUAUUAUACAUCUAUUGCUGCUACCAAUGACAGCUCAGUAGCCCAAGCUACAGCAACAACUUAUGCCAGGAACUCAAGAGCCAAGGCAUCUGGAGUGUUGAACUCCCGUUUCAAUGGAGGUAACUCAUUAAAUCCUUUGCACGUUGGUGCCUUGAGGGAUCAAAUGGACUAUGGUGCAUGUUCUUUAGCAAGGAGAAAUAUGAGGACUUCAUUAUAUAUGCCAAGCACACCCCAGCAAACUGAACUGUGCAAAAGAAGAAACUCUGGCUCGAUGAUUGAAAUGAGGGCCCAAAAAAGGCACAACACGAAUGGCGAUGCUGACCACGUUGGAAGCGUCAAUGUUGUUGAGAUAGGAGAGGAAAGGAGCAGUCUCUUACUUUGUCAGAACAUGAUGCUAAAGGCCGAGUGUUCUGAGCUGGAGGCGGCCGGGCAGACUCUCCGAAGCAAGGCGGACAGGUUGAUGGGUGAACUCCGCGAGUGGCAACGGAAGCGGAGGAGCCUGACGGACGAGUUGGAGUUCUACAACGGCCUCAGCGCGAUACAGCGCAGGAUCCCCAUCGCCAGCACCUCCUCCAUGGGAGUGGGAUGGAUCUGACUGAAUGGCAUGACUGACAGACACCACACCGGCAGCGGAAGUCCAUAACUACGUACUAAUACUACUAACCCAACCUAUGGAGCGGUUUAAGCGGGAGUUUGACCCCUCGGGAUGGUGGUAGAACCAAGGCACCUGCAGUAAGUAGAUGUAUGGUUUGGCACUAGGUGCAUGGUAAGUAACAUCAGACGUUUUAUGUAGGAAGAAACCUCCUUUACGGUAGCGGUGGCGGGUCAAUAACUGAAUACACACGUAAACUAAAAACAACUCUCCCUCUAAAUAUGAUGCUACUGCAUAAACUGUAGCGGUGCACAUGAAUCAACUAGUUAAACUGUUUGGGAGGAAAUAAAAAAAGGAGAAGAGAGGACCAGCUUAACCAGCGAACGUUUGCUGGGGAGCAUGGCAAA